AUGAAGCCAUUAGAAGGAUUAAAUAGUGACAAAAAAUUAUUGUGUAGGAGACGACGACGGACCUCCAUGGACGACGGAAUCUCAGAAGAGUUGGUGAUGAGUGAGGUUCACCUUGGCUGCCCUCCUGGUUUUUUGGGCUCCUACGUUUCCAAUUUCACCAUUUCCUUCCCUUCCGGUUCUGAUGAUUUAAAUACUGAAACCAAAACGUAUGUCAGUGAUUCAUCGUCGAGUAAGCAACUCAUUGGUUUCGACGAAGAUGGAGAUCUUGUUUUACCCAGGCGCGUCAAUGUGGAAGAACCUUCAGUUCGUAGUUUUAAUGUGUCAAUCCAACAUGAUGUUAUGUCAACGAUACCAAGUGUUGGUUUGCAGGUGUGGAAAGCAGAACUAGUAUUAUCUGAUUUUGUCUUGCAUACAAUGCUUACUUCAUCUGAAUUCCAAGGAAUUGUUGCUUUAGAACUUGGAGCUGGAACAGGACUGGUUGGAAUACUGCUUGCACGGGUUGCUAAGACAAUAUUUCUAACAGAUAAAGGUGACCGUGUCCUUGACAACUGUGCCAAAAACAUUAAUCUUAAUUCUGGUGGGUUCAGUGCUGAAGUUGCAGUUCAUGUAAGGGAACUUGAUUGGACAAAACCUUGGCCUCCUAAGCGAACACAAGGAGAAUGUCUGCCAAAUAACAGGUAUUCCUGGGCCUCAUCAGAGGUUGAAGAGGCACUGGGAGCUUCCUUGCUUGUUGCUGCUGAUGUUAUCUAUAGCGACGACUUGACAGAUGCAUUUUUUAAUAUGUUGGAGAAGUUUAUGUCUCAAGGUUCAGAAAAGGUAUUGUACUUAGCCCUGGAAAAGCGCUAUAACUUCACACUGGAUGACUUUGACAUUGUAGCAAAUGGCUAUUCUCACUUCCUAAGUUACCUGAAGCACGAAAAGGAUGAUACCGAAAACAGUAGAUUGGAGCAGGAAUCAAAGCCGUAUUUCGUAGGCCACCGAAUUGAUCUCGCAAACAUCCCACAAUACGUCCUUAACUAUGAAAGAGGAAAAGACGUUGAAAUCUGGCAGAUUAAGUAUUGUAGGAAAGAGUCUUGAGAUCAUUAGAAGGUUGGGGACAUCUGGUGUAGAAGUCACGGUAAAUUAAGUCUGCCUCCACAUCUCUGGUGAGUUUUCCAUUCAAACUACAGUGCGAUGUUAAAACUCUACCAAGAAAACGUUUGGGGAUUUCUAUUUUUGUAGCCAAAUAUCUAUAAACAAUCCCAAUCUCAGUUUUGAUUCUAUAAACCUUUUUUUUCCUAA